AUGGAUGAGACUUUUGCUAUUGUUGAUGGAGAAAAACGUCCUUUUGUCUUGAUACAUAUUACUAAUUCAGAGGGCUACCAUAUUGAAACAGAAUAUCCACUUUACCAGAUUCGGAUGCCUUCUCAAGGCUACCAAAAUGAAAAAUGGGCCGCAAUGUUACCUGCGGAUCAACCUACACCACCUGUCUCAGAAGCUUUUUUGAAGACCCUUGAGGAUGGGGACAACUGUACGAUCUGUCAAGAGAGCUGCAUGCUAGCACUUCCUUGUUUACAUAAGUUCCACACAGCUUGUAUCCUUAAAUAUUUAAGGAAGAAGGGUUCCUGUCCUGUAUGUGUGCGUGUUUUUGUUGGAUCAGAGAUUCGCUGA